CCGUGGGUGCUGUAGCAGACGGCCUAGUGCUCGCUCGAAGUGAGACGUUUGCAUCGUCAGCACCACCAACAAUUGGGUCGGUUUACGCCGCGCCGUUUACCGGUACCGAAGCAACUGAAGCUCGCAACAACUGCAUGCCAUUUUUCGUUGCAUCUGCGGGCAGCUUGUUUUAACUAGUCAGACCUCACGAUAGCCGAGAAAACACCUAGUCACGCGUAGCCCACGCCAUGUCGUCGAAGAAGAGGUCAAAGGUUGAAUCGGACAGCGAUUCGGACUCCGGCCCCGAUGACAGGAAUCCUCCGCAAAAGAAGGGAAAGGCAGCCGACAACAAGGGCAAGAGUAGUACAUCUUCAGGUGGCAAUGAAGAUGGAAUGUUCAUGCUGGCCAAAAAGCGGUACGUCUCUGUGCGAGAAUUCAAAGGCAGAGUCAUGGUUGACAUACGUGAAUACUAUGAGGAUGGUAAUGGGGACUUGAAGCCAGGAAAGAAAGGCAUCUGCCUUCAGCUGGAUCAGUGGAAUGCGUUAAAAAAUCAAAUUGAUGACAUUGACGCUGCCAUAAGGAAGCAUUAGGCCUUUCAUGACUGGCUGCAAGUUUUUAUGUGUUGCAUAAGUUGAAUUUCAUCUAAGGUCUCCGGACAAGCAUGAUGCACUUUCUUUUUAUGAUGUGCAGUCUGAAACAGUUCAGAUUCAUCAUCUCAUAUCUUAAAACUAAUAUAAAGUAUGCUUUUGUGCAA